AGAGAGAGAGAGAGAGAGAGAGAGAGAUAUACAGCAGGUCCGCAGCGCCUCCAGGAUCAGUCCCUCUGUCGUUGGUGAUCUGGUCUGUCUGCUGAUAUGAGCUCCGUGUGUGGAAGUUACUACGGUGAGGACGGCGUGUUCGUGGCGGGCUUCACGUGUCCCAAAGCGGACAGUGACGCUGCGGCACUUUUCUGCUGCGGGUUCAACAACUUGAAGUAUUGUUGUGAUGAUCCCAACAGCUUCUUCCCCUACGAGUAUGGAUACAUGUGGUGGUUAAGUUUCGGAGCUCUUGUUGCUCUCUCCGUAGCAGCCGCGGGUGUUCUUACCCUCGUCGUCUCUCAGUGUAUCCUCUGCUGUUUGAUCAUCACCACUGCACCCAGACGUUUGGACAAUGGGCUGGAGCUCCAAGCAACAGGCUCUACAUUGAGUCCACAAAGACCAGGACCAAGCCCUUUGAGUGCGCCCGCUGGUCCUCAAGACUUGAAGAAACCCUUCCUGAGGGGCAAACUGGAUUGUGACAACCAGCCCCCAGACCCUGAGCGCCUCCUCCAACCCUGUUUCGUGGCCACUGAGACAUCUAUCAAUGUCGAGGGUCCUGCUUAGACUGGCAGACUAUUUUACUUUUGGCUUGUGUAGUUGCUCAAAGGAAGCUAAAUGGCGGCUCCUCUGAAACGUCUUGUGUGGCUUUCCGUAUGUGACAUGAAAUCCAUGUUAUAUUUGAAUCAUCCUCACUUUAAACACAUUCACAUUCCAUAGCCUAUAAUUACUACACUAUACUGCAUCAAACAUGGCCACCCUGAACAAGCCACUGUCAGGUUAGGAAUGACAACUUGUAGAGAGUUACCUGUUGCAUGGUAACCAGUGGCAUCACGCGGAUGACGGGAAAUGAAUAUAUGUCAAUGAGAUGACAUGAGAAUGACAAUGUCUGUCCAACAGCCCGUCUCCAGAAAUUCUGUGACUAGUAGUCAGGGUGUAACACAGGAACGCAAUGUGGUAGCGUGUGAAAUUGCAUAGAGUAGUAUUAGAGAGUUAGCGAUGGACUGCUAGGUGAAAGAGGUUGACUUGCUGAGAACCCCUCUUAAAAUCUCAAGGCUGAAGCACUGAUACUUUGAGAUGCAUGGUUGUAAUUGGCUUUGGAUUGAUGACAUGGGCUGAGUUAGAAUACAUUUCUAUUCCCCUGGAAACAUCCCUAAAGUCCAGAGGCUGUUCUAUGUCAUCCUUACUGAACGCCAGAGGCAGUGUUUCACACUGGAUACCUCCCUUCUCGCCAGUGUUAAUUUCGUCGACAAAAACUAUGACGAAAAUUUUUCGUUAACGAACCUUUUUUCCAUGACUAAGACGUGACGAAAACGAUCUUAA